UAAUAAUACUCAAACAUUCUGGGAACACAAUCCUAUACUGACAAAGACCUGCCCCUGUCAAUCACACAGCCCAUUAAAGGGGUGAAGGACAUCUCCCAGUGACAUCUUUUGAACUCAACAAACCCAGCAGUUGUCUUUCCCCUAUAAGAACAAAGCUCCAUGUCACAAAUAAACAGAACAAUGAAAAGUAUUUGAGGUGACGCACGUCCAACGACGCAGAAAUCAGUUCAACGCACCGGGGGAAGGAUAGUCAAUGGUAGAUGUUGGUUUUUGUAACUGAAGAUCUGUUUGUAUCCAGUCUUUUUAAUUGAAGCACCCUGAAGCCAGGAAGAUGGGUGACUGGACUUUCCUGCUGAAGAUCCUGGAGCAAGUCCACGAGCACUCGACUGUGGUGGGCAAGGUCUGGCUGACCGUGCUGUUCAUCUUCCGUAUGAUGGUCCUGGGGGCGGCCGUGGAGAACGUCUGGGGGGACGAGCAAUCGGGCUUCACCUGCAACACCCAGCAGCCAGGCUGCCAGAACCUCUGCUACGAUGACGCUUUCCCCAUCUCUCACGUGCGCUACUGGGUCCUGCAGAUCAUAUUUGUCUCCACUCCAUCCCUGGUCUACAUGGGCCAUGCUCUGCACAAGGUCCGAAUGGAGGAGAAACGCAAGGACCUGGGAAGAGUCGAGGGGAAGGUUGUCCAAAGCGAGAGUGAACUGUUACUGUCUGAGAAAGAUCUGGUUCCCUGCUUGAAAGAGACCCGCUUUCAGCUGAAAGGGGCCUUACUGCAGACUUAUGUCUGCAGCAUCCUCUUCAGGACGAUCUUCGAAGUGGGGUUCAUCGUCGGGCAGUACUUCCUCUACGGGAUCUUCUUGAGGGGACUGUACAAGUGCAGCAGGUGGCCUUGUCCCAAUACUGUGGACUGCUUUGUGUCGAGACCCACUGAGAAGAACGUUUUCAUCACCUUCAUGCUGACUGUAGCCAGCAUCUCCUUGCUGCUGAACCUCAUGGAGAUGUAUCAUCUUGGGUGGAAGAAGUUUAAAGAGGGUUUGACGAAUACCUUUUAUAGGAGGGCUGGUGCUUCCAAAGCAGGACCAGACAAGCCUGCUGUGCCCAAAAUGGGGUACGUAGCUCUCGCUGGCUGGAAAACCUCUGCUAGGAAUUCUCCACCCAGCUGUCAACAUUCUCCCAAGCUGAAACAUUUCAGUAACAAGCUGGCGAACGAGCAGAAUUGGGUGAAUCUUGCUACGGAACAAGGGCAAGCUGAAAAGGACAGUGAGAUGAUACCCCAGCCAGGGUUACAUGAAACUGAUACAGCUUUGGAUAUGUUGGGUUUGCCCAGAGCUGGGAAAGGCAAGAGUCAGAGAAGCAGUAGACCAAGCAGUCGGGAGAGGACUCUAGUCUGAUGGAGGCAUAUCAUCGGCCGGACUGCUUUCUUGUAUUAGGGGAAAAAAGAAGAGAUUGUCAUUAACACACAUCCUCUCCUGCUGUAGAUUCAAAACCUAGUUAUUACUAUUUAUUACUUAGCAGAUGCCCUUAUCCAGGGCGACUUACAAUUGUUACAAGAUAUCACAUUAUUUUUACAUACAAUUAUCUAUUUAUACAGUUGUGUUUUUACUGGAGCAAUCUAGGUAAAGUACCUUGCUCAAGGGUACAGCAGCAGUGUCCUCCACCUGGGAUUGAACCCACGACCCUCCGGUCAAGAGUCCAGAGUACUAACCACUACUGCACACUGUUAGUUACCCAAGUUAGACUUAGAAUACCUGUUUUUGGGCACUUCACUACAAAACAAGAUUGUAAUUAUUGCAGUCUACAGCUCUGGCCAAAAGUUUUGAAUCACCCUAUAGAAUUAAGUAAUUUUGCUUCAUAAAGUCAAAUGAAACCUGCUUCAUAAUGUUAUGUUAACAUAUUGAAUUACACACCACUUUGUAGACUGUAUACUGUUUUACUAUUAUGGCUUCCGAUAUCGAUAACUUUUGCGAUAUCUUUUUGUAGUUUCUUUGAUUACAUGAUUAAUUAUGUCUCUAUCCUAAAAUUGUAGGUAAUGCAAAACUUUUGGUCAAAGCAUAAUUUAGAUAUUUUUAUUUAACAUCAUGUCAUCAAAGAAACUACAAAAUGAUAUUGGAAAUGGAAGGAAGGAAGCCAUAAUAGUGGUACAGUAUUUCAUAUUAGAUUUAAAAAAUGUCACAUUUUUUAAAAUUUCUGUCAGUUUUUCAUGUAGUAAAUGGAAAACUACAAAGCAGUCUGUAAUUCAAUAUGUUAGUGUGCUGUGAAUGGGAGCCUGUGUGAUGUUUGCUUAUUAUUAAAAGAAAUGAAAGUGAAUGACGUGCAUUGUGUUCAGAAUUGCUUUGCGGAAUGAGAAUACAAUUUGAGGAAAGAGGCGCAUGGUUAUCAUAAACCGAAAAUAAAUGGCAUUGUAAUUAAACUUUAUGAAACUUCUUAAUAAAUGCUAUAUUGGUUGCUUGGA